AAUAAUUGUAAGCUUCAAUGAAGUACACAAUCGUCACUGUUUUGAUUACUCUAACUUUACUCCAACUUCAUCAAAAAUGUAUCUAUGGUGAUGGUAACUGCUCAAGCAAUCCAAAAGUUCUAUUCCUAUCUCUUGAUGGAUUUCGCUAUGACUAUUUUGAUUUGGCUGAACAAAAUAAUAUUAAUCUGUCAGCAUUUAAAAAAAUUCAACACUCUGGUGUUUAUAUAAACAGGUUAACAAAUGUCUUCCCAUCUUCAACAUUCCCAUCACAUUAUACUAUGGCAACUGGACUGUAUCCUGAAAGUCAUGGAAUAGUCGAUAAUGUGUUCUAUGAUCCAAUUAUUAAUACCACAUUCUAUUCAAGAAAUCCGAAAUCAUUAAAAGAUUCUCGGUUUUUUGAUGUUGGUGCUGAACCGAUAUGGGUGACAAAUCAACUACAUGGUUAUAAGACUGGGAUAGCUUAUUGGAUUGGAAGUGAAGCAGAAGUAAAAGGAGUCAGACCGAAUUUCUACUUGAAACCAUAUAAUGACAGUAUCACAUUUAAACAGCGAAUUGACCUUCUAAUGAAUUGGUAUGAAAAUGAAGGAAUUAAUCUUGGCCUUAUGUACUACCAUCAACCAGACAAGGCAGGACAUAUAUACGGUGCAGGAAGUCAUCAGGUACUCGAGGCUAUCGGGGAUAUAAACAAACAAUUAGAAUAUCUGCUAAUGUCAAUUGAAUCACGACCAAAUCUUAAAUGUUCUCUGAAUUUAAUUGUAUCUAGUGAUCAUGGAAUGGCCAAUAUCAGUGCAGAUAGAAUAAUAUAUUUGAAUGACUAUAUAGAAUCCAGUGAAUAUAUUUCAGCUCUUAAACCAUUUUCAGUAGUUUGGAGAUUGUGGCCCAAAAACGGAGGUUCCGCAGAAUCCUUGUAUCGGAAACUCAAAGGUAAACAUCAAUACAUGAAAGUGUACCUGAAGAACAAACUACCAAUACGUUUACAAUAUGAAAAGAGUUGGCGUAUUGGUCCUGUGGUAGUCUUUGCAGAUUUGGGCUGGACAAUUGCGCCUGAAAGGAAUAGCCAAAACGUCUUAAAUGAUAAAGGUGGUCAUGGAUACGAUCCAAUUCACGAACAGAUGUCCUCAUUUCUCAUGGCUAUGGGACCUCGUGUGAGAAACAAUUAUACCGAUUUAUCUGAUGGAGAUAUUCACUUAGUAGACAUAUACAAUAUGCUUUGUCUUCUGCUUGAUCUAGAACCAGCACCAAAUAAUGGCAGUAUUCAUCGAAUUCUUCCUUUCUUGACCCUUCAGAGAAAUGGAUCCAACCCAAAAGGAAUACAGAUCACAGCUUACAUUGCGGCUAUCAUUCUAUCUAUUUUUGUGUCACAUACUGCUUUGCUUCCACUGUCAUCAGUGUAA